CAAAGAUAAACAAGUAAAAAAAUGAAAAACAUAAUUAUAUCAUCAAUGUCAUGUAUAUUUUUCUUUGUAGCAGGAUAUUACAGUAGAUCCUUCUCUAUCCUUCAUCUAAGAAGACUUGUAUUGAAAUUUUUAUCCGAGAGAGAAAAUAUACAAAAACUGUUUAAUAAAAAGAUUCCCUGUUUAAAAAUUAGUGAAGAAUAUAAUGAAGAAUACAAACUUGUAUUAGUUGUUAGAACUGAUCUAAAAAUGGGUAAAGGAAAAGUGGCAUCGCAAUGCUCACAUGCAGCUGUUUCAUGCUACAAAAAAAUGAUGUGCCAAAAUCCAAAGAUAAUUGAGUAUUGGGAAUUACAUGGACAACCAAAAAUCGUAUUGCAAGCAGAAACAAAAGCUGAAUUGGAAAAGUUAUAUGCCCAUGCAAAGUUAUUAGGUAUAAUUUCAUGUAUUAUUCAUGAUGCUGGUAGAACCCAAGUUGAGCCGAAUUCUGUAACAGUAAUUGGUAUUGGUCCUGCACCCAAAUCAACCAUUGACCAAGUUACGGGAUAUUUAAAAUUAUAUUAAACAUUGUAGAUAAUGUUUUGAUAAAAUAGUGUUAUUUUUGAAUUC